AUGCAAUGCGUGGAGGUCACGCAAGAUCUUAUCGUCGCCGGCGAUAGCUCAGGCCUCAUGAGGAUGUGGUCACGGGAGUCUGGCGAAGUUGUGCGGGACAUCCAGGUUGCAAAGGAGCACAAGUACGUGAAAGCGCUGGUGAUAUCCGGUGACAGCGUUUUCACGGGUGACUACUGCAAUUUGGUACAGCAAUGGAGCCUUUCCACAGGUCAGCGAGAGGCCGUCUUCACUGGAAAUAAGGCGGGCAUCGUGUCGCUCGCGGUGUCAGGUGACUACAUCAUCUCUGGUGGAGGGGAUGGUGCUGUCCUGCUCUUCGACCGGAGGACGGCUAAGGCCGCUGAUGAAAGCUCUGAGGUGACAGCGGAGCCAGUAGCUCUGCUGUACAAGGCAAGCGGCUUCGUCUGCAGCCUUGCGAUCACUGACGAUCGGCUGCUGCUUCCAGACCGAGAUCAGGACAAGGCUGUGAGCAUUCGCUUCUUAACUCACACAGGGGAACUGGUCCCGGAGAAUAUCCGAGACAAGAGGUCCUACAAGUGUGGAAUGCAGGUUUGGCAAGCAGUGGCUGCUGCGGGCUGUGUCUAUGCCCUGUGCCGUGACUUCACAGUCAAGAAGUUUGCUGCUGGAUCCCGCCAACUUCUGCAGACGAUCAACGUCAAGGCUGUCGCGCAGGAGGCCAAGAACCCCUACACUCUCAAGGUGAGCCAGGAUCGGAUCUAUGUCAGCUACAUCUCAUCUGGCGAGAUUGGCGUGUUCUCGACGGAAGGGGGCCGCAGGCAAAUGGAGAAGGCCUUUAAGGGGCACCAAGGAGCCCCCGAGACUGCCCAGCUGCGCAGCGGGCAGAAAGUUUUCCAAGUUGUGUGCAUCUCGGUGAGCAGCUACACUUCCAUGGACAUAUCGCUGCUGGAGCGCGCAGCAGCUGUUGGCAGCACAGAGGCCCAGUAUGCCCUCGGCGCAGCCCUGCUCACAGGUUCCGACGGUGAGAAGGACUUGCCCCGAGCAGCGAGCCUCUUCCGUGCGGCUGCUUUGCAGGGCCAGGCAGCUGCGCAGUGCAACCUCGGAGCCAUGUGUGCGCAGGGCCUCGGCGUGCCGCAGGAUACAGCGGAAGCCAAGAUCUGGUACGAGAAGUCUGCUGCACAGGGAAACCCGGAUGCCCAGUUCAAUCUGGCCAUGGUUCUGCUGACAGGGCCUGCGGCUGACCUGUCCCGUGCCCGCUGCUUGGCAUCGGAGGCGGCUGCUGGUGGCCACCCGAAGGCCGGUGCCUUGCUUGAGAAGCUCGGCGCGCUCCCAGAAGAGGUGAAGGACAGCUUCAAGACGCAGGGCACGCCAGCGGAUCCGACGGCAAAGCGGUUGACGGCGGCGCUGCUGGAAACCAGGACGCUGCUGCAGGGCCUGGCCUUGGGCGAGCCGCGUGCCGAAGCCUUCGUGCAGGAUCUCCUGUGCCAGCUGGAGGAACUGCAAGAUGACCUACAACGCUUCAAGGAUGGCCAAGAGCAGCCUGCCAAGAGCCGGUUCCGAGACGCGGAAAUCGUAGAUUGA